CGAGCCUCCUCCUGGUGGAAGUAAGUCGUCUACUGUAUCACAAUGAAAAAUGCCCCCUCCCCAUAUCAAAACGGAAAUCUGUGAUGCAGAUUUGUGGUCACAAAUCAGCUUUGUGAUGCUAGAAGGCAAAAGAUGCGGACUGUAGUGCUGCCUAGCGUGGGAAAGCCUUGCAGCUCCAAGAUGACAGGAGGCAACUGGAAGGGGGAAACAGCAUGACAGAUUACCUGCAAUUUAGGCCGCAGCUUCGUCUCUUGGCCUUCUAGCAAUACAAGUCGACUUGUGUACUCAAAUACAGCAUCACAAAUUCGCGCACUCCGUUUCCGUUAUGGGGUGGGGACUUUUUUCACUUUGAUAUACUGCACCACCUCGUCCAGGCGGUUUUCAAAAAACCUCCAAGACUUCUACGACCCGCUCAAACGUUACAAUCUCAAACGUUACAAUAGAAUUUGGGUUUUGUAUAUGCAUGAUGAGCAUGAGAGACUAGGACAGCAUUCCACUUUCUGCAAUACAAAUUUCGCCAAAUUGUUGUGCGGAUUGGGAGUCCAGAACUUGUCAUGCGCAUUCCUGUGGGAGCCGGGUAGAUCUUGCACUUCUUGCAACACAAAUUCCAGACUCUAGUGUAGCGUCUGAGAUUGUAACACCUGAGCAGGUUAUAACUUCUACGACCGCGUCUGUGCAACUCGACCGCGUGGCGAGCAACCUCCACAUCCCCAGCCUUUCCCGCGCCAGCAAAGCGCGCGAGUUGGCCGAAACCAU